AUGGCGACACCCUUGGGUGGCAACGCCGGCGCCGGCCUGGCCGCAGAGGCUGCACACGGAGGCGCUCUAUCCUCGACAGCCAACGAGACCAAUAACGACUCCGUCUAUACCGCUACCGCUGACGGCAACUCUUCCGCCUCGCGCGACGGCACGCUGGUCAAGGGCGGAGCCCGAGAGGACUACGACGACGAUGACGAGAACGCCGACGAUGCUGAUCCGGCCGAGGAGAUGAGACGUCGCAGCUCCGUCGUCCAGGCCCUUGCCCGCUCCUACUCGCGCGCCUCGGCGGCCGACGGGAGCGACGCAAAUCCGUUCCUCGCCGGCCCCGACUCCCCCCUCAACCCUCAUUCCGACAACUUUGACGGCAAGAAGUGGGCUCGGGCCAUCGUCCAGCUCGUCCAGGGCAGCGGCUCCGACUUCCGCACUACCGGUGUCGCCUUCCAGCACCUCAACGUCCACGGCUUCGGCGCUGGCUCCGACUACCAGAAGGACGUCGCCAACGUCUGGCUCUCCCUCGGCGACAUGAUCCGCGACGGCCUCUCCGGCGGCCGCCGCGGUCAGCGCAUCGACAUCCUGCGUGACUUUGACGGCCUGGUGCGCAACGGUGAGAUGCUGGUCGUGCUGGGGCCGCCCGGUUCCGGUUGCUCUACCUUCCUCAAGACCAUUGCUGGAGAGAUGAAUGGUAUCUACGUCGACGACGAUGCCUACUUCAACUACCAGGGCAUUUCCGCCAAGGAGAUGCAUUCUCACCAUCGCGGAGAGGCCAUCUACACAGCCGAAGUCGACGUGCACUUCCCUCAGCUGUCCGUCGGCGACACCCUGACCUUCGCCGCCAGGGCCCGUCAGCCCCGCCACCUUCCCGAAGGCCUCAACAGGAACGCCUUUGCCGACCACCUCCGCGAUGUCGUCAUGGCCAUGUACGGCAUCUCGCACACGGCCAACACAAAGGUCGGCAACGAGUACAUCCGUGGCGUGUCCGGUGGUGAGCGCAAGCGCGUCACCAUAUCCGAGGCUUCGCUGUCCGGAGCGCCCCUGCAGUGCUGGGACAAUUCGACGCGCGGCCUCGACUCCGCCAACGCCAUCGAGUUCUGCCGCACCCUCCGCCUCGGAACCGAGCUCUUCAACAACACGGCCUGCGUCUCCAUCUACCAGGCGCCCCAGUCGGCCUACGACCUCUUCGACAAGGCCGUCGUCCUGUACGAGGGUCGCCAGAUCUUCUUUGGCAGGGCCGACGAGGCUAGGCAGUACUUCAUCAACCUCGGAUUCGAGUGCCCUGCUCGUCAGACCACACCCGACUUCCUCACCUCCAUGACCUCGUCGCUCGAGCGCAUCGUCCGCCCCGGCUUCGAGGGCAGGGCUCCCCGCACCCCUGACGAGUUCGCUCGCGCCUGGAAGGAGAGCGCCGAGUACAAGGCCCUCCAGGCCGAGAUCGAGGAGUACAAGCAGUCCCACCCCAUCAACGGCCCCGAUGCCGAGGCCUUCCGCGCCAGCAAGCACGCCCAGCAGGCCAAGGGCCAGAGGCCCAAGUCGCCCUUCACCCUGUCCUACGCCCAGCAGGUCCAGCUCUGCCUGUGGCGCGGCUGGAAGAGGCUCGUCGGCGACCCCAGCCUAACCUUGGGCGCCCUCAUCGGAAACGUCGUCACUGCCUUGAUCGUCGGCAGCGUCUUCUUCAACCUGCCUAAUCUUUCGAGCGCCUUCUUCCAGCGUGGCGCUCUGCUCUUCUUCGCCUGUCUCAUGAACGCCUUUUCCAGUGCCCUGGAGAUCCUCACCCUCUACUCCCAACGUCCCAUCGUCGAGAAGCAUGCUCGCUAUGCCCUGUAUCACCCCUCCGCCGAGGCUGUCGCCUCCAUGAUAUGUGAUCUGCCGUACAAGAUUAGUAACUGCAUCGCCUUCAACUUGGUCCUCUAUUUCAUGGCCCAGCUUCGCCAGGAUGCCGGUCACUUCUUCUUCUUCCUGCUCAUCUCCUUCUUCACCGUCCUGGUCAUGUCCAUGAUCUUCAGGACCAUUGCCUCGUCCUCGCGCACGCUGUUCCAGGCCCUCGUGCCGGCCGCCCUCCUGAUCCUCGACCUCGUCAUCUUCACCGGCUUCGUCAUCCCCAAGAGCUACAUGCUUGGCUGGUGCCGCUGGCUCAACUACAUCGACCCCCUGGCGUACGCCUUCGAGUCCCUCAUCGUGAACGAGUUCCACGGCCGCAAGGUCCCCUGCAACGAGUUCACCCCUCCCGCGACCGGCGACUACGCCGACGUGGAUCAGGUCAACCGCGUCUGCAGCUCGGUCGGUGCUACCCCAGGUGAGACCUUCGUCGACGGUGACGUGUACGCCCUUUCUCAGUUUGGCUACAGGUGGAGCCACCGCUGGCGUAACCUCGGGAUCAUGAUUGGCUUCAUGCUCUUCUUCCUGGGUACCUACAUGCUGGGCGCCGAGCUCGUUUCCGAGAAGAAGUCCAAGGGUGAGGUUCUCGUCUACCGCCGCGGCCACAGGCCUGCUGUCCUCGAGUCUGGCGAGAAGAAGCAUUCGGACCCUGAGGCUGCCAUGGCCCACAUCGGUCCCGCCAUCACCGCCGAGAGGAGCCGAGGCGACAACAAGGAGGCCGGUAUCCUGCAGCAGCAGACGUCCGUGUUCCAGUGGCACGACGUCUGCUACGACGUAAAGAUCAAGAGCGAGACUCGCCGCAUCCUGGACCACGUCGACGGCUUCGUCAAGCCCGGCACCCUGACUGCCCUCAUGGGUGUCUCCGGCGCCGGUAAGACGACGCUCCUAGACUGCUUGGCCGACCGCACCAAGGCCGGUGUCAUCACCGGCGAGAUGCUCGUCGACGGUCUCCCCCGCGACCAGUCCUUCCAGCGCAAGACAGGCUACGUCCAGCAGCAAGAUCUUCACCUCCAGACCACCACAGUCCGGGAGGCGCUCAACUUCAGUGCUAUCCUCCGCCAGCCGGCCGACGUGCCCCGCGCCGAGAAGCUUGCCUACGUCGAGGAGGUCAUCAAGCUGCUCGACAUGCAGGAGUACGCCGACGCCGUCGUCGGCGUACCCGGCGAAGGUCUCAACGUCGAGCAGCGCAAGCGCCUCACCAUCGGUGUCGAGCUCGCCGCUAAGCCCCCUCUGCUGCUGUUCGUCGACGAGCCCACCUCGGGUCUCGAUUCCCAGACGUCGUGGGCCAUCCUCGACCUGCUCGAGAAGCUGACCAAGGCUGGCCAGGCCGUCCUGUGUACCAUCCACCAGCCUUCCGCGAUGCUUUUCCAGCGCUUCGACCGUCUCCUCUUCCUCGCCAGGGGUGGCAGGACUGUCUACUUUGGCGAGAUCGGCGAGAACUCCAAGACCAUGACUAGCUACUUCGAGCGCAACGGCGGCCACCCUUGCCCCGCCGAGGCUAACCCGGCUGAGUGGAUGCUCGAGGUCAUCGGCGCUGCCCCCAACUCCCACACCGAGAUUGACUGGCACAAGACGUGGCGCGAGAGCGCCGAGUACCAGCAUCUGCAGGACGAGCUCGAGAACAUCAAGCGUGACAGGGCCGGCGCCGCCGCCGUCGUCGACGACAAGGAGACCGGCUACAACGAGUUCGCCGCUCCGUUCGCGGUGCAGCUCCGCGAGAACCUCAUCCGCGUGUUCCAGCAGUACUGGCGUACGCCCGUCUACAUCUACUCCAAGACUGCUCUGUGCUCUCUCGUCGCCCUGUUCAUCGGUUUCGUCUUCUUCCGCGCACCGACUACGAUGCAGGGCAUCCAGAACCAGAUGUUUGCCAUAUUCAACCUGCUGACCAUCUUCGGCCAGAUCGUCCAGCAGUCUAUGCCUCAGUUCGUCAUCCAGCGAGACCUGUACGAGGCGCGAGAGCGUCCGUCCAAGGUGUACUCGUGGAAGGUGUUCAUGCUAUCGCAGAUCGUCGUGGAGCUUCCGUGGAACACCCUCAUGGCGGUCAUCAUGUACUUUUGCUGGUACUACCCUAUCGGCCUCUACCGCAACUCGGACGCGGACCACGUCACCGAGCGCGGCGCCCUCAUGUUCCUCCUCCUCCUCACCUUCCUCCUGUUCACCUCGACCUUCUCGGCCCUCAUCAUUGCCGGUUUCGAGACGGCCGAGGGCGGCGCCCAGAUCGCCAACGUCCUCUUCAUGCUCUGCCUCAUCUUCUGCGGCGUCCUGGCCGGCCCCGACAGCAUGCCUCGCUUCUGGAUCUUCAUGUACCGCGUCUCCCCCUUCACGUACCUGGUGGGCGGCAUGCUCGGCACGGCCGUCGGCAACUCGACCCUGGCGUGUGCGGCCAAUGAGUACCUGCCCAUCACCGCCCCCGACGGCCAGACGUGCUUGGAGUACCUCGGCCCUUACAUCGAGUCGGCAGGUGGCUAUCUCAAGGACGAGAUGGCGGCCAAGAGCUGCGAGCUCUGCAGGAUGAACAGCACGGACGCGUACCUGGCGAGCGUCAAUAUCAAGUACACUGACCGCUGGCGCAACUUUGGCCUGAUGUGGGUGUACAUCGUCUUCAACGUGUUUGCAGCCCUGUUUGUCUACUGGCUAGCACGUAUGCCCAAGAACAGUCUCAAGAAGGCGAAGAAGGCAUGA